GACGGGAUCGUGACGAACGUUCCGGUGUUCUUAAGGGCGGCGCGGCCGGCUAGGAGCCGGUACUGGGGGUGGGGGAGGAGAAGGGGGAGGGGAAGAGCUGUACCCAGCCUCAGAAACAGGCCUAUUGAUGGGCAUGUAAGAGAGGACGGUGACAGCUUUUCUUCACUCAGCGCCCAAGCUAGGACCCCCCCCCGCCCCCGCCCCCGCCCCGUAUGGGGGAUUAUACAGAGGGGUUACGAGGGCGGGUGGCCGUUCGGGGUGCUGCUGGUUAUUCGAUGCAGGAUUGUUAGGGGCGCAGGACUAGACUACAGGGAUUUACUUUGAGGCUCUUUUAACCCGCUGAGGAGGAGACUAUAAUGUGGGAUAGUUUACCCCACUGUGGCGAUUAUUGUGGUUGGGAAAGAGGAAUUUUAUGCUGGAGGUCGAGGAUUUUUUUUUUUAAGCCCAGGAGGGGGUUUUUAUCGCGCUCGGUGGAUUGUCAGGGGCAGAGUUGUUCCUUCCCCCUGCAAGGGCGGGUAUUUACCCCUAUCCGGGGUCGGUGUGGGUGAGGGGCUCUCCUGAACGGGGGGGGGGCUCGCAGAUCUAAGCCACUGCCUACAACGACUGGCAGCAGCAGCCAGCCCCCAGCUACGGCUCGGUGGAGGAGGCGCUGCCUACGCGAGUCCUUCUCCCUGGCGGCGGCGGCGGCGGCUCCUCAUUCCGUCCUGCCCCGCCUCACCCACCCGAACCGGUUCCUCCCUCAGCGGCGUGUCCGGUGUGUCGCCACCGCCCUCUCUGUUGCUGGCGGCGGCGGCUGCUGCUGCGUAGCAUCAAAACAUGCAGGAUGAGCUGCUCCUGGGGGUGACACAGCAGCAGCCAGGGAGCGAGAGGCUGGGCAGCGGCCCCGCCGCAGGACACCCCCCUCUCAGCCACCCCUCCUCUGACUUUAAACCCAGUCUCAGCCCCCACCACCAGGAUUUAAACAAGCAGCAGCCGCCACCGCCUGCUCCUCAGCUGAGCCAGAAGAGGAAAGAGUUCAAGCAGCAGCAGCAGCUCAGCAGCCCAGCCCAGCUCGGCAGCAGCCACCCCCUGACUAACCACCACCACCCCGACUAUCAUCGCCACCCCCUUCAGCAGCAGCACUUCAGCCACCCCGUUGACAAGUACCAGGAGCACAGGCAGCCGCGCCAGCUCCUCAGCGCUCACCCCCCGGAGCAGCUGCAGACGGGGGACUAUCCGCCCUACCAGCCGCUCAACCCGGCCGAGCAGAAGGGCGGCGCAGAGAGGGGGGGCUUGGAGCGGCUCCCCCCUUCCUGCCCGGGGGCACAAGCAGCAGCGGACCCCAAUGUGGGGGCGGUUGUCUCCUCCUGUGUGAAUCCGCCUCCGUCUCCUCCUCGCCUGCAGGCUACAGCCCAGUUGCCCCCCAUGGAGUCCCCCCCAAACAGCCACUUGCUGGGCAGCCCCGGGACCCUCUUGCCCGGCGGGCUCGGCUCCGGCUUCAGCAGCCUGCAGAGCUCGGAGAUCCCCAGCCCCCAUCACCAGAGCGGGGGCGGCUCCUCCUCGGCGGCUUCCCCUCCUCCGCCGCCGCUGCCCGGCUUCGGCACCCCUUGGUCGGUGCAGACCUCGUCGCCGCCUCCGCCGCAAACGCAGCAGCCUCCGGUCUCCAGCAGCGGCGGCGGCGGCGGGAGCCAGAUCAGCGCGAUGCCUCCGCCGAGCCCGGACUCCGAGACCAGCUUCUACCCGGGGAUCCCGUCUUCGAUCAACCCCGCUUUCUUCCAGAGCUUCUCGCCGGUGUCGCCUCACAACCCCUGCGCCGGGCCCUUCAGCAGCCCCUUCUCGGCCGCCGCCCCGCCGCCGCAGAUGAAUUUACCUCAGCAGCAGCAGCAGCAGCAGCAGCAGAACCGGAGAUCCCCUGUGAGCCCCCAGCUCCAGCACCAACACCAGGCGGCGGCGGCCGCGGCCGCCUUCCUGCAGCAGAGGAACUCCUACAACCACCACCAGCCUCUUCUGAAGCAGUCACCCUGGAGCAACCAUCAAAGUAGUGGCUGGAGCACAGGAAAUAUGUCCUGGGGAGGAAUGCAUGGCAGAGACCAUCGUAGAACUGGAAACAUGGGAAUUCCAGGAACUAUGAACCAAAUUUCUCCUUUGAAGAAGCCCUUUUCUGGUAAUGUCAUAGCUCCCCCUAAAUUUACUCGCUCUACUCCAUCGCUGACACCAAAAUCAUGGAUUGAAGAUAAUGUUUUCCGAACCGACAACAACAGUAAUACUCUCUUACCCUUACAGGAUCGAAAUAGAAUGUAUGACAGUCUGAAUAUGCACUCAUUGGAAAACUCUCUUAUUGACAUCAUGAGAGCAGAGCACGAUCCGCUUAAAGGUCGCUUGAGUUAUCCACAUCCAGGGACUGACAAUCUUCUGAUGUUAAAUGGUCGUUCUUCCCUCUUCCCAAUAGAUGAUGGUUUGCUGGACGAUGGCCACAGUGAUCAAGUUGGUGUCUUGAAUUCACCUGCGUGCUAUUCAGCUCAUCAGAAUGGAGAACGGAUAGAACGUUUCUCUCGGAAAGUAUUUGUUGGUGGCCUUCCGCCAGAUAUUGAUGAAGAUGAAAUUACUGCUAGCUUCAGACGAUUCGGGCCUCUGGUAGUAGACUGGCCUCACAAAGCAGAAAGCAAGUCCUACUUUCCACCUAAAGGAUAUGCGUUCCUCCUUUUCCAAGAGGAGAGCUCUGUUCAGGCACUGAUUGAUGCCUGCAUUGAAGAAGAUGGAAAGCUCUAUCUCUGUGUUUCCAGUCCUACUAUCAAGGACAAGCCAGUUCAGAUUCGUCCCUGGAACUUAAGUGAUAGUGACUUUGUGAUGGAUGGUUCGCAGCCUCUUGAUCCUCGAAAAACAAUUUUCGUUGGAGGCGUCCCUAGGCCAUUAAGAGCUGUGGAAUUGGCAAUGAUAAUGGACCGUCUCUAUGGUGGAGUUUGUUAUGCAGGAAUUGAUACUGACCCUGAGCUCAAAUACCCCAAAGGUGCUGGGCGUGUUGCAUUUUCCAAUCAGCAGAGUUAUAUUGCUGCUAUCAGUGCUCGGUUUGUUCAACUUCAGCAUGGCGAUAUCGAUAAACGAGUGGAGGUAAAGCCAUACGUGUUGGAUGACCAGAUGUGUGAUGAAUGCCAGGGUGCACGAUGUGGUGGAAAGUUUGCUCCUUUUUUUUGUGCCAAUGUCACUUGCCUGCAGUAUUACUGUGAGUUUUGCUGGGCAAACAUCCACUCUCGUGCAGGACGUGAAUUCCAUAAGCCAUUGGUAAAGGAGGGGGCUGACCGCCCACGUCAGAUCCACUUCCGCUGGAACUAAGCAUGGUGAACCAGCGUCUACAUAAGGAAAGAAGGGUGCAUGUGGCUUACUGUGUUUGAAGAUACUGACAUGCAGAAGAAAUAAGUGCAUUCUUCUGCUUUUCACCCCAGCUAUCAAUACAUGCAUCUUUAUCAGCAGCCAAAACACUACAAGCCUCUUGUUUUUCACCAAAACCCUACAUCUCAGGCUUACUAAUUUUUGUGAUAUUUUCAUGUUAAAAUAAAAUGUUCUUUUGUAUUUUCUCCAAGUUAUUUUUAUAUGUAAAGUUAAAAUUAGAUAUGAGAAAAUGUUUUUGCGUAGGGGCACAAAGUCUGCUGCUAUAUUUAGUGGGUGAAGCGUGCACUUAUUUCUAAACAUGGGUUUUUAACUUCAAGAUCUGCCCCAGUAAUUUACCAAAGGUAGCAAAAUAGUGAAGAUGGAAUAUGUCUGCUACAAAAAGCUUAUUUUUAUUGUUGUUGCUAUUUUCAGUGUAUACAUAAACUAAAAAUUAGGGUUGAUUUUUGCUCUCCAUUUUGACUUGCAAGAAAUAAUACCUCAAGAUAAUCUGAUUUAUUAGCUAUUUUUAAACACUUUUAAUCACAAGCUGUAUUAGCUAUGCUGCUAUAUAGGUGUUAUGUGUAAUGCCACCUAUUAAUACGGGAUUGAAACAUUUAAGAGACACUGCAUUACAGAUAAAAUGCAGGCAGCACAAUAUGGCCUAGACUGCCAUAGUUUUAGAAUGUGAAAAAACUGCAUGUUUACUUACCUGUAUACACCAUAUGCAUGCACUAGAACUGUUAAUUGCAAAUGUUCAAAAAAGCUCUCUUGAAUCUAGGUAGCAUGAGCAAAUUACAAAAUUUGUUACAAAAAACAAACUUGCAUGCAUUAUUGUGACUCAAGUAAAAAAGAAAUGUCCAUGUGUACAAUAUGCAAAUUAGUUUUAGAUUAGAAAGUGCAGCCAUUUUGUGACCUGGUCGGUAGUGGAAUUCGAUUUAUGCAGACUGGAUGUAAUAUUGUAAUCCCUGUGCAAUUUUGUGAUGUGUGGUUCUAAUUAAUGUGGGUAAUGUAGUAUAGACAUGAGUUUGAGUAAAAAGCUAGAAUUUUACAAAAAAACAAGUUAAUUUAAACCCCCUUGAUUGUUCAUGGUUAAGAUUUCCUCUACAAACCAAAGAUGGCCAGCACACUGCUAACCAGUCACCAAAUGUAAAACCCAUGCAAAAUACAUUUUUAAAAAGUAUGCUUAUAUAAGAAUGCAUUAUGCUUUAGUAAUUAAAUCUAGGUAAAGUCAAAAUGGAGAUGGUAUAAUAUACAGUCGGCUAGUUGCAUAACAAACUAAAUUUUACCUUUAAGACAACAGUGAAAUCUGACUUAAAAACUUGCUUACAUGUGUGACCUGUGUGCAUUGUGGUCUUCUGUCAAACUGGGGUCACUGUUGCAUGAAACGUAGCUACUUGACAGGCAAGUACAAUGUUUUUAUUUUGAUGGAGUUCUAGUAAUGAACUCCUUCAUCAAAGUAACUUGCUUGCAAAUUUUGAAAAAAACAGUUUGGACAAAGGCAAUAUUUAAUGCAUUUCUUUGGUACUGAACCCUAAUAGAGAAAAACACUGCUAAUGAUUCUUCUAUCUGAGAGCAUUUUUAAUGCAACUAGCCCCUACAUUUUAAUGGAACAAAGAUGUUCUGCAGUCUAAGCAAGCACCCAACAAUGGUAAAUA